GCUGAACUCCGGCAGUCUCCGGUGCACACCAGGAUAAUUGUCCCUCAAUAUUGGGAUUGUCAAUCAGUCCACGGUGACUACCAACACCUAGAACAAUAGACCCAUCCUACUUCGUCGAUUAAUCAACGACAGACCUCGCCGAACUCCCGAAAAUGUUCUAGUGUCAAAGAUGAAUUCUAAAGACAAAGACAACAAGACCAUUGAUAAACUCAAGCAAUUUUUUCGAAUAAACAAAGGUAAUUACAAGAGUCGAGAGGAUUUUACGUUGACGCAGGACAUUGAGAAGGUGAUAAGCUCUGAGAGCCCAGUGCACCAGCGAACGAAGGCUAUCAAAGACCUCUGCGAUCCAGUGCUGAAUCAACAAUGGGAGGACAGAGCACCCGAGCGUCUCUGGAGCCUAGUAGAAGACCUCCUAAACAAGGACGUCCCCCGCGAGCACCGCCACAUAGCCCUGAACUUCCUCUGCUGUCUCGUCCAGGGCCAGUACACGAAGCUCUCCUCCCUGAUGCGCGUUAAAUUCUUCAAAGUGGUGAAAGACCACGACAUCAUCGAGGACAUAAGCCCUCGCCUGGAGCUCCUCCAAAAGCUCACGGACAACGGCAAAGACAUCCUCCACCUCGAGGAGAAAAUGGGUCCAUUCCUCCUGGAGUGGAUGCCAAUAGUCACCGGAGGCGAUGGCAAACGAGGUGCUGAAUUCCUCUCCCUCCUGGUGAACGUCAUCAAGUACAACUCUGCGUACAUAGACGAGGACAUAAUAUCGGGCCUGGUCCAGUACAUCUGCCACCUCUGCUACUACAGCAACAGUUCAGAGGUAGUCUCAGGCUGCUUGGAGACCCUGGACACAAUAGUAGGCUACAACAUAAACCUUCAAUCUGACUCCCUCCAGACCUUCAUAACAGCCUUGUGUCGAUCAGUGAACGUUGAGAGCUACUGCCAGAUCAGCUGGAAGAUCAUGAGGAAGCUCCUGGGCACUCACAUGGGCCACUCAGCCCUGUACACAAUGUGCAGACUCCUGCAGGACCCGAAUUUCCAGCGAGACGUUCGCCUCCUCCGAGGGGCUGUUUUCUACGUGAACAUGGGACUCUGGGGGACCCACAGGAUCCCGAAGCUCGAGUGCACCCCCAUCUCAGUCCUUCCCUCAUUCAUCCAAGCCCUGAAGUGCAAUCACCCUAUCGUCAUGUACGAAGUGACUCUCUCGAUCCAACGUUUGGUCAACAAAUUUGGCCCUGAUCUCCAGGAGCCCACCUGGGGGGUUGUCCUCGAUAUUAUCGAACAGGUGAUAGCCCACACUGAGACCAGCAACCAGCCAGCCACCAAGCAAGUCUCCUCGAGCCUCCACGAAACGAUAAACAGCAUUGAGAACCUGGUGGACACUUCCCAGUACAACGGCUGUCUCCAACGGUUCUACGAGCUCGUCGAGAGGUGCUCUGAUGCUAGACCUGAGAUAUCUAUCCUCAAGCUCAUUGACCACAGGGCUGCCUCCAUAGGUCCCACUUACUACAAGUGGCAGUCGAAGCUGGCGACGCUGAUGGAACGCUACUACAAGACAGAGACGAGAACCAACAUCAGGGUCAAAGUCCUGGACGUUGUGACGAAAGUCAUCCAGGUGAACAGGUCCAAGUACGAGGACGAGCUGAUAGAGAGGAUUGUCGUGCCCUACCUCCAACACGUAGAUGUGGAUCCAGACAUAACGAUUCGCAAUGUGGCUGCCAAUCUCCUCGUCGAGCUCUGCCACGAGUGCGAGACCAAAAGGUGUCUAGAACUCAUGGACAUCCUUGAGAAGAUUAUCAACAAACCGUUCACCUCGGACACCCCAAUGUCAGCGGAUGCUGACAUCAAGGACAUCAAGACAGCUGUCGUGGGGGUGAUAAAGAUCUUGGUGGUGAAGAUUUAUAAUCUUCCGUCGAGCCAUGCUAUUCGUGCCUACAGGAUCCUAGUCAGUCAUCUGGAGCAGCAUUACAAGGACCCCCACAUCUUCCACGAGAUAUCGACCAUCAGGUACCUAGUCUUCGAGUGUUUCCUGAAGAUUCGAGCCAAUUCACUCUAUCACCUGGGUUUUCCCGACAGUGUCACCGGGGUCGUGACACACUUCAGUCCUUACUUAGUCCUGGAGCAUGCACCCUCGCCCCCCGAGCGCAUGUCCUCAGGUGGUGGAGGCAACAGUCCUCCACCCCCACUGAGUCCAGCCCCUCUCCAACACAUCUCCUGUCAAGUCACGCAUUUAUCCCUCGCCCACGCCUGCAAAGCCGUCAUCUCCUGCAUAAAGCAGGAGAAAGACUGGAAAGUUCUCCAGCUGAUCCUGAAGGAGAUGCCCCAGGUGAUGCAGAACAGGGCGUUGAUCCUGUCCAGACACAGCAACGACAUCGAUUACCUAGCAGCCGCCCUUUGCUCCAUGGUCAGUGAUAAAUCCCUGAGGCUCCCAGAGUCCCUCUACAACGUUCCCCAGAAGUUCACCCUCUCUGACUUUCGAGCCCACGUGUUCCCAGUCCUAGCAUCCCUCGCCUCCUACCACGCACACCUGGAGCCAAACCUCCAACAGCGAUUGAUAAAGUGCCUGGAGGUCGGUCUGACAGCCAAAUGUGCCAGCCAAUGCGUCACGAGUCUCACCACCUGCACCCUGGAGAUGAGGGACGCAAUGAACAAACUAUUAUCCGAAGUCUUAUUGAAUCUAUCGAAGAUCUCUGCAACCGUUCACAUUGCCAUUCCCAUUCUGGAGUUUCUGUCGACGCUGACGAGACUUCCCAAGGUAUUUGCGAGCUUCAUUGGGGACCAAUACAUGUCUGUCUUCGCAAUUCUCCUCCCCUACACGAAUCCCUUCAAGUAUAAUCAUUACACGGUCUCCCUGGCGCACCAUGUCAUCGCAGUUUGGUUCCUGAAGUGUCGUCUGCCCUUCAGAAGAGACUUCGUCAAGUUCAUAACGACUGGGCUCAAGGCUAACGUCCUGGUGCCCUUCGAGGAGGGACAGCUGAUGAAGAGCGACUUCAGUUCGAUCAAUGAGGACUCGUCGAACAGAAAAAGAAGCUCGAGUCUUACCGAACAGGGGAGUAGAGGUCGGAGGGAGAGACCGAUACUGCAGAAUAGGAUGUUGGGAGGGGAUUUGAAGCCUGAGAUCAACGAAUCACUCAAGACCUUUCACAACGAGUUGACUGAGACCUGUGUCGACCUCAUGGCCAGGUACACGUUCUCCACUUACACAGCUAGGCCCAAGAGGCUACCAGCUGCUGAUUUUCUGCUGAAGGAGGGACAGUCCAUGACUUGGUUACUUGGCACUCGAUUGAUCACUAUUACGACGAGUGGCUGUAGUAAUAAAGCCAUGAGGGGUGGGCUCUGUGAUAACUGCUGGGUGGCUUGUAAGUCCGCUUCGACGCCUGAUUAUCUGAGCAGGAGUGGAACGGCGGGGUCUGGGGGCAUUCCGAGGAGAACGUCCAGUACUGAGGGCUCCAAGGACGAGAGCAGCAGGCUCUCGAGGCAGUCCUCGUCGAACACCGCAGCCAACUCUCCCACUGAGGAGAAUAAGAAGUUGGAGCCUGAGGAGGUGGACAAACAGGGGGAUAAACCCAGGGAAUUCUCCGGGGAGAAUCACAAGUUGGAGAGGACUGAGAAGGACGUGACGCCACUGCAGUCUGAGCCUAAUAAACUCGAGCAGAUUCUCUGCGAUCAGAAGCUGGAGGAGCAUUCUCCGUGCGCCUGCUGGUGUCAAGGCUGGGCGGAGAUUUACGUGCGAAGACCCACUGGGGACAUGUCCUGGAUCAUGAGGAUUCAGAACUCAAUGCAGUUUGAUGUGCCUCAGGACUUUCCUCUGCAGGAUAUCACGGCGUUGUACAUGCCAAUGCCUGAAGUGGCUACGAACAACAGGAGUCAAGAGUCCACGACUACUACGGACUCUCUGGAUGAUGAGGUGGAGGACAGGUCGGAUGGGAACUCGAAGGCGCCAGUGGUGGAGCCUCUGCCCCUCACUCUGGUGAACCCCAAGUCGUCGAGGUCAGAGUCGGGGCCGAUUGCCAUUCCUGGGUCACCGGGGAGACCCAGUCCCUCUCGUCAGAGCUCGAGGGACAGCACUGAGAGCCUUGAAGAUGGGGAUGAGGACUCGAGGAGGUCCAGGAACCCUGUCAGGAGGUCCAACUCGAGUCCGGAGAUGAGCGCCAGUUGGAAGAAUCCUUUUUUGAAUAAGGAUAAACUGAUACUGCAGAAUGAUCCGCAGACUAACCCGGAGUUUGAUGUGAAACUCGAUGCUGAACUCAAGAAACACGCGAAGAACGCCUAUGGGAAGGAUAUGAGGGUCAGCUGUGAGGCCAUUCCUGAGGAGAUCUCGGGGAUGGGGACUACGCCACCUGCGGUGGAGCAUGCACCGGAUCAGAUGAAUGUUCUCAGGUCGCAACACUCUUAUCCAGGUGCCACCCAGGGUCCCCACCAGACAUCCAGCAGCAGCAGUACCUCCAGCAGCACAAGCAACACAGUGCCAGCCUCCCCAACAGCUCUCACCCAGAGCCAAGCCCCCAGCCACCUCUUCGUCCAAACCCGACAGUCUCAGGUCCUAGGACAGCACCACGUCCAGUCGAAGCCCCCGCAGUCCCCAACCCAGUUAUACUCCAGAUCCUCCUCCACUUCCGAUUCUAGUCUCAAACAAAUAGCCCAGAGUAUCGACACAAAACCCCCAAUCGGUCGGAUUUUCGAUAAGAAGGAAGAAAGGCCAGACCCAUCAUCGCUCCCUCCCUUCGCCUUUCGUGAUCGAGGCCACACGAUUUCAGUGAUGUCUCCUGUGAAGCAGUCGAGAGAGUGGGAGAACUUGAGGAGAGGGACGAAUCCCCCCUCGAGGAUCAAAGAGGCACCCAGAACUGGGAUUAAUCCCAGUUUCGUUUUUCUCCAGCUGUACCACACUGCACAUUUCGGUGCCAGCACUGAGAAGCCUCUCCUCGUGCCCCAGACGACUGCUGUCCAGCGAGCAGUGACGAAUCUCGAUAGAAUUCAGCCCUACGAGACCCACAAAAUAGGGGUUCUGUAUGUGGGUCCUGGGCAGGCCUCGAAUGAAGUGGAAAUCCUGGCGAAUCAGCACGGAUCCUUGAGGUACACUGAAUUCCUCCAGAGACUUGGGACACUCAUCAGACUCAGAGAUGCCGACGAGAACGUUUUCCUCGGGGGGUUGGACCGAAAUGGAGAGAAUGGCAACUUUGCGUACAUAUGGCAGGACGACGUCACUCAAGUUGCUUUUCACGUGGCCACCCUGAUGCCCACCAAAUCCAGUGAUCCCAAGUGCACUUCGAAAAAACAACACAUUGGAAACAAUUAUGUUUCCGUGGUUUACAAUGAGAGUGGGGAGCAGUACAAUAUUCAGACGGUCAAGGGACAGUUCAAUUAUGCAUGUGUCGUGAUACAACCGCUUGAUCAUGGGACUAAUCAGGUGACUGUGCAGGCGAGGGAGGAACUCGCUGAACAUAUUGGCCACAGUGAGCCGAAGAUCAUUUCUGAUCAGAAUCUGGCGAUUCUGUCCAGGCAGCUGGCGCUACAUGCUAAUCUUGCUUCCAUGGUGUCUUCAUCCCUGAAACAAAACGGCCACAAUCCAUACGCAUCAAACUGGCUCGAACGUCUGCGUCACAUAAAACGACUGAGGAAACGCAUCCAAGACACAGCUAACAGUAAUCCGGAUGGUCCAAAUGAUGAGUCCUCGUCCAGACCGAAUAAGAGAGUUCAGAUGGACGAUUUCACCGAGUACACAACAUGAUUCAGCUUUGUGAUUUAUUGAUGGAGAUCUAUUUGCUGAUAUUUUUUGUGCAAAAGAACAUUCUUAUACGUUAAUAAUGAAUGAAAAAUGUGAAUUGA